AUGGACUUGAGACCCGAUUCGCCGCAUCCGCCUCAGCGCUAUACGCCGCUUACCCUGCCGCACCGGCUCCGCACAAUCGCUUACUUGAGUUACUCUAUAAAAAGUUCGUUAUCUGUCUUGCUUACAAACAACUCAGCUGCCUGCCUGAACAGGCUGCCCGCUGAACCCCCAUCUCCUAAACGACCUACUGCCCAUCCAGCCUUUCAAACACAGAAGUCGCCCCUCUACUCAGAUCUGACACCGUCAAGCCUGAUCCCCCGGAAGGCGUGCGCCUGCGCGCAGCGGGGCAGCGGCUGCAGAUGCUCUGGCGUCCCCCUGCCUCCUGGCCUUUCCUGGAUCUCCUCUCUCAAGUACCGCAUCCGCUACCUGCGCCACGGAGCCUCUCACUUCUGCCAGGUGGGACCCAUUGAAGCCACGACCUUCACCCUGAGGGCUGCGCAGCCCCAUGUCAAGUACUUGGUCCAGGUGUCAGCCCAGGACCUCAUGGACUAUGGGAAACCAAGUGACUGGAGCCUCCCCGGGCAAGCGGAGAGGACUCCCCUUAAUCCCUGA